UAGUGAAAUAAAUAACACGCAGUGGCGCGAAACACCAGUUUUUCUAAUAAAGACACCCUCAAACUUCAGCAUGGACAUGGAGGUUUGUGUCGAUGAUGAUUCUGCACAUUUGACCAGGAACGCCGUUUUGGAAUUAAUUAAGCAAAAGGACGAAAUCGAAGCAAAUAUUAGACAGUUAACUUCAGUUCUCGAACAGAACAAAAACGUCGGCAUGCAUGGAGAUUUGAUCGACAACCAAGGAUUCCCCAGGAGCGACAUCGACGUUUACCAAGUUCGACAUGCCAGACACAGAAUAAUUUGCUUGCAAAACGACCACAAGGCUCUCAUGCAGCAAAUUGAAAGCGGUCUGCAUGAUGUACAUGCUGAAAUUCGCAAAACCAACAUCGAACGCUUCACGGUUGCUGGAGAAAACAACUUUGAGGCCACAGGAGAGCCAUUCGUGCGGGUCAACCUGGUGGUUCCCAACUCUCCAGCCGAACAUGCUGGUCUGCAGCUGGAAGAUUUGAUCGUGGAGUUCGGGACAGUCAACUGGCGCAACUUCAAAGACCUGCAGGACGUCAACAAGGUGGUGCAGGCGUCUGUGAACAUGCCAAUCCACGUCAAGGUCAGGCGACAGGGCACCUACGUCAGCCUCAGGUUGACGCCCAAGACGUGGAGCGGCAGAGGCCUUCUUGGGUGCAACAUCAUACCAGUGGAAAAUGUUGAACGAUAAAUAAAUUAUUCAAGAUGGAAUGUGCGAGGACUGACGUGACAAUUUUUUUCUAAUUGUAAAUUGAUGUCUGAAUAAAAUUUCAGAUUAAAAUA